UAUAAAGUACCGAUAAAGUAAAUUUGUUUGGGGUAGAUAAAUUCCUUCCUCUGGUAGUGAAGGAAACUUGAAGUUGAACAAGUGUCAAACAUUUACAUUUAUCGUUUUAUUGUCUAGAGAGGAGGAUGAGGGCGGUGCCAACAUGGGUGGAUAAAGUUCACGACAGAGAUAAAGUAGAACAGUGCAUAUAUGAUCUCUGCUUUAGACCAGAUGGCUCUCAGUUAAUAGUGGCAGCUGGCAACCGUGUGCUGGUGUAUGAUACAAGUGAUGGUGCUUUAGUACAGCCUCUCAAAGGUCACAAGGAAGCUGUGUACUGUGUGUGCUACAGCAAAGAUGGAAAACGUUUUGCAUCAGGAAGUGCAGAUAAGAGCGUUAUAAUAUGGACAUCUAAGUUAGAAGGAAUUCUUAAAUAUUCCCAUAAUGAUGCCAUCCAGUGCUUGGCCUACAACCCAGUCUCCCAUCAGCUGGCCUCCUGUGCUCUCAGUGACUUUGGCUUGUGGUCACCAGAACAAAAGAGUGUACAGAAGCACAAGAGUACAAGUCGCAUAUGUAGCUGUGCAUGGACCAAUGAUGGUGUGUAUAUGGCUCUUGGGCUGGCUAAUGGAAUUGUAUCCAUCAGAAAUAAGGUUGGAGAAGAGAAAAUGAGAAUUGAACGACCAGGGGGCACCAACUCUCCCAUCUGGUCCCUGGUAUGGAACCCAUCAAAGGAUGAACCAGUUGAUGUUCUUUGUGUUGCAGACUGGGGACAAAACCUCUCAUUUUAUACUCUCAGUGGAAAACAGGUGGGAAAGGAGAGACCACUUGGCUUUGAUCCGUGCUGUGUGAAUUAUUUCAGUAAAGGGGAAUAUUUACUUGUUGGUGGAUCAAACAAAUCUUGUCUGCUGUACACCAGAGAAGGGGUGAAGCUUGGAACCAUUGGAGAACAAUCUUCUUGGGUGUGGUGCUGUGCUGCUCGACCAGACUCUAACUUUGUGGCUAUUGGAUGCCAGGAUGGAACAAUUGCUUAUUACCAGCUGAUCUUCUCAACUGUUCAUGGCCUCUACAAAGAAUGCUAUGCUUUUCGAGAGAAUAUGACUGAUGUGAUUAUUCAGCAUCUUAUCACUGAGCAGAAAGUGAGAAUAAAAUGCCGGGAUCUGGUAAAAAAAAUUGCCAUCUACAAGCACCGUUUAGCUGUGCAGCUGCCAGAGAGGAUAAUAAUCUAUGAACUGUACUCUCAAGAUGCAUCAGACAUGCACUAUCGUGUGCGAGAAAAAAUAAACCAACGCUUGGACUGUAAUCUUCUUGUUGUCUGCACCAACCACAUUGUUCUCUGUCAGGAAAAACGUCUACAGUGCCUCAACUUUAACGGUGUAAAGGAACGUGAAUGGCAGAUGGAUUCCUUAAUACGAUACAUCAAAGUGGUGGGUGGACCAGCCAACAGGGAAGGCCUCCUCCUAGGCCUCAAGAAUGGACAGGUUCUUAAGAUAUUCCUGGAUAAUGCCUUCCCUGUGCCCCUGUUGAAGGUUCCAUCAGCUAUACGUUGCCUGGACCUGAGUUCUUCUCGCCACAAGUUAGCGGUUGUUGACGAACACAGCACUUUACUUGUUUACGGUGUUAACAACUCAGAGUUGCUUUUCCAGGAGCCUAAUGCUAACAGUGUAGCGUGGAAUACCAGCUGUGAAGAAAUGCUGUGUUUCUCGGGAAACAACACUCUCAACAUCAAGGCCUCAAAUUUCCCAACACACCAGCAGAAACUACAGGGCUUUGUGGUGGGAUUCAGCGGCAGCAAGAUCUUUUGUCUUCACAUCUACAGUAUGUCCACCAUUGAAGUUCCCCAGUCAGCCCCUAUGUACCAGUAUUUGGAGAAGAAGAUGUACAAGGAGGCAUAUGAGAUAGCCUGUCUGGGUGUUACUGACGGUGACUGGGAAGCUCUUGCCAUGGCAGCUCUUCAGGGACUUGAAUACAACAUCGGCAAGAAAGCUUUUACUCGUAUUAAAAACCUCAAGUACCUAGAGUUGAUACAUUCCAUUGAGGAACGUCGACACAAGGGAGAGGUGGAUAACAGUAUUUUCCUCGGAGACAUAAUGGCAUUUGAGGGCAAGUUCUCCGAGGCUGCCAAGCUGUACCGCAAAAGUGGGAAGGACCAGUUAGCAAUGAACAUGUACACAGAUCUUAGAAUGUUUGAUCUGGCACAGGACUACCUUGGUUCAGACGAAACAGUUGACAGGAAGCAGCUGAUCAAGAAGAAGGCAGACUGGGCGCGAAACAUUAAUGAACCUCGAGCGGCAGCUGAGAUGUACCUGUCUGCUGGGGAGGUUCACAAAGCCAUUGAUAUUAUGGGUGAAAAUGGGUGGACAGACAUGUUGUUGGAUGUUGGCCGCAAGACUGACAAGGCUGACCAUCAGACACUUAAUCUGUGUGCCCAGCACCUGCGCCGCUUAGGCUCCCUGACACACGCUGCAGAGAUGUACAAAAAGAUGGGAGAGAUACAGAGUGUUAUAGAGCUGUAUGUUGAAGUGCAAGAUUGGGAAGAAGCCUUCGUAUGGGCCGAGAAACAUCCAGAAUAUCGCCAACUGGUUUAUGUUCCAUAUGCAACAUCACUCGCUGAGCAAGACAAGUUCUUACAAGCUCAGAAAGCUUUCCACAAGGCAGGGAAGCCAGAGGAGGCCUUCAGGGUACUGGAACAGCUCACAAUGAACGCUGUCAAUGAAAACCGAUAUGAUGAUGCCGGGUAUUACUUCUGGAUGUUGGCUAUGCAGUGUCUUGACAUAGCAGCAGAAGAUAAGAAUGAACAUGAUGCAAUGAUGACCAAAUUCAAGGACUACCAGAAGAAAGCCUCAAUGUAUUAUGUUUACCACACUAUUCAACGAUAUAUGGAUGAACCCUUCACAUCAUACAUGCCAGAAGCUUUGUUCAACAUUUCAAGAUUCCUGAUGCAUGAACUUAUGACCACACAACCCACAGGCAUCUCCAAAUUCUCUUCGCUGUACACUUUGUCCAAACAAGCAAGAAAUCUUGAAGCUUACAAAUUAGCGCGCUACGUGUUGAACAAACUGCAAACUCUGCGCAUUCCACCACGGUUUCAGGAGGAUGUUGAAUUGGCAGCCUUGAAAAUUCGGGCCAAACCUUUCCACGACAACGAGGAACACCAGCCUCUGUGUUAUCGCUGCUCUACCACCAAUCCUCUCGUCAACAACAACGGCAACCAGUGUGUUAAUUGUUGCCACCCGUUUGUUUAUUCCUUCGUGUCAUUUGAAAUUUUACCAGUUGUAGAGUUUGUGUUAGAGGAAGGAAUUACCGACGAGGAAGCUGUGCGUUUCAUUCAGCAGUCAGGUGGCAGUGGUUCAGGUGACAGUGAAGGUUCAGUGAAAGACACUGGUGAGGAAGAAGAAAAUCAUUGGAGACAAACAGAGUCAGGAGAUGCUCAGGCUCUCACCCUUGAUGGCUCACCAACAAAUUCACAAAACAAUGAUGAUCCUUUCACCACAAACCUCAUGAACUUCUGUGGAGGGUCUGAAUACCAGCCGGUUACUCUUGGGCGGUCAGCACUGAUAGCCAUGGAACCUCAUGAUGUGAUAAUAUGCCGUUGGCCAAAACCUCUCAAAUUCCAGUUCUUCAAAAACAUCAUGUCUGACAUGCCCAUCACACACUGUGUCCACUGCAACAAGAUGUUUCACACUGAUGAUUACAUACUUCAGGUUCUUCAGAAGGGUCACUGCCCAUUUUGCCGCACUCCCACUGGUGAUAAUUCUGACAACAAUGAUUGAAGCUUGAAGAAAAAUAAACAAGAGCUGAGUGUAAACUGAUGAAGGUAAAACAAUAGUUCACUUUUUUUGGCCUCCUGAUGAUGUUUAACACCUUAUGCUGAUAACUUAAAGAUAUUUUCUUUCUUUAUUGAGAUAUUUAUUGAUAAAUUUUAUUUUAUUACUUAUAUUUCUAAUAAAUAUUUGAUAUUUCAUAAUAAUUGAAAUAUGUUAACCUGUUGCAAUGAAAGUUAAAAUGAAUGAAUCCAUCCAGCUGUUACAGUACUGUAUGCACAAAUGACUGAAGUAGAGUAUUUAUGGUGAAUUUGCUGAACUUGGUGUCCAUAAAUUAUCUGACGAUUGUGUAACUUAAUAACUUCAGUUAUAGUAAACCCUUGAUAACUUGGCUUAUACUGUAUGAGGCUCUGGCCUUGCCGAAUUAUCCCAAAUUCUGAAUUAUUGACGUGCUUCCCUCCCCCUAUAAUAAUAAAAAAAAAAGUAUUAUUGGCCUGAGCUAACAUAUGGAAUAUAUACAGUGUGUGUACAUUUAAUUACUAAUUUUCAAAAAGUAACACUUACCAGCACUGCAGAGGCAUGGUAGUUAACGCAGUUGGUGGAGGUGAUAGAGGGGGAAUGCUACAUAAACAGUGCGGCAAGUAUGUACUGUAUACUAAUUUGGUCACUUAUAAAAAAAUAAAGAAUAAAUUUUAACAAAUAUACAAUUAUUUCUCUGUAUAUUUCAAUUCUGAGUAUGUCAAUAAACAUGUAACUUAUACCAUGCAGGAUAUUAUAGUCAACCCUAGUAAAACCAUUUUCUUUAAUACAGUGCAAAAGAGUAAAAAUUUAAUACUCUAAUGUAGCUUAGAAAUAAAGACAAUGUAAUGUAUAACAAUAAGAUGAGAAAAAUAUAGAGUACAUAUAGGUGUGUGAGCUGUACUGCUUGGCUGACUCACCUGCCUCCCUCCUUCCCAUGUAAUGUCAUGGCAUACACACACACACACACCUCUUAGUCAGCUGAUUGAAUGCCAGGCUGAACUGUGGCGUCACUUAGAUGGUGGUUUGAGUGUGGAAAGAGCUAUUUUGGGGAUAUAAAAUAUGUGCUAUUGUAUUUUAUGAUAUGCUAUGUAUCAAUUUCGUUUAUCAUAGCAAUAUUUGUUUAAAAAGUGGUUAUAGCACUACUGGUGUCAGACACAUGAAUAUUUGACUUCAGUUGCAUUCAGAUUGUUGGACUAAAUUAGAAUUUUCACCAAAGGGGACAACUUUUGGAUACCUGGAAACUUUAGAUAGUUUGAAUUCAGAUAAAAUGAAUUGCACUGUAAGUUAAGGUAAAGUCUAUGACAUUAGAUUUACCGUAAUGGUGGAGACGUUUUGUAUACAGUGGCCUGACAUGAAUUGGGAAUUUGUUGGGUGUUAAUGGGUUAGUGCUGCAGGAACCAAAUUUUACUCGGGAGUGCUAAAUAUUAAUUCUGGUGCCCUAGAUACAGUACUCUGUAGUGCAAUGGAUAGUACUUUAUAUCCAAAAUAUUAGGGUGCUACAGCGCCCUUCCUUCCAGCGUCCAUGUACUGGGUGGAGUGAGCCACCAUCCACCCGACCACAACAAUAACAAACACCAGACCUACCAAGCAUUGAGUGCGGUGAGCAUUACCCAUGCUGCUAAAUGUACUGAGAUUUUCCAAGAUAAUUUUAUAUAACUGCAUUUCCAGAGUUAAUUUUAAUAAAUUCUUGAGAGCAUAGCUGUGCUGAAUUCUAUAAAUGCCAAGUUAUCAAGGGUUUACUGUAUUAUAGAGAGAACACACUGCAAAUGUGGAUGUCUACUAAAGGAAGAAACAACCCAAGAGUUGUUUGUUAAGUACGUAUUAUAAAACCUGCAUGUUCUAUGUACGUACAGUGCAGUACUGUACAAUAUUUUUCAUGCUACUGUAUUAAGUUUUGUACAGCAUUUGAUUUAUGGACACUGCUAAAAAUUUUAUGAAGACAAAAUAGACACCAUACAGUGUAUGUUACUGUACAUAGCCAGUACAGUACCUAACUUUUUGUAUUCUAGUCAAUCCUUGUGAAUAUUUUAACUCCACUGUAUUUUGAGGAUAAACUUAUUUUUGUUAAGCACAAAUAAAAAUUAUUAUAUU